CGACAACAUCGGUUAACAAGGAAUCAAUCAAUCAAAGCAAAAAAUAAGAAAAAAUUACGAUGAAAAACACAAACAUUUGCUACGAUUCUGCUGGGUUUUCAUUCGAUUCAUUGCGUUUCUUGAUUCAAUCCGUAUCUUUCUGAAGAAUAUUUGAUAAAAAAGUUACAUUUAGGGGUAUUUUCAGAAAGAUUUGAGGAUUUAACUGCAAUCAUAGUAUCCUUUCAAGUGAAGUCGAAGUAAAAUAAGAACAUCAAUAGUUCUCUUCAACCGUCACUACCCCACCGAUAUCUUUUCUCAACCUCCGAUUUACAGAUCUUGACAAACCCUCAAUUUAUUUCAAACUAAAUGACAAUACCCACCUCAAAGAAGUAGAAAUGCAAUCGUUUUUGGUUUUCUUGAUCACUUUUCUUUCAAUUUGGGGCAAUAAUUUCAUAAAGAACUGCUAUGCGAGUGUGUUUACGUUGAAGAUGCACCACCGGUUCUCCGAGCCGGUGAAGAAGUGGUCGGAAAGCAUUAACAAGCUCUCCGCCGGUGAUUUUCCGUCCACAGGUAGUGUGGAGUUCUAUUCUCAGUUGGCCGACCACGACAGGGUGUUCCGAGGCCGGGGAUUAUCAGAUUCCGGUGAACAACGGCUCACUUUCUCCGACGGGAAUUCCAGUUUACGCAUCAAAUCACUGGGAUUUUUGCAUUACACAACGGUUUCUCUGGGGACACCGGGCCAGAAGUUUUUGGUGGCGCUUGAUACUGGGAGUGAUCUAUUUUGGGUGCCAUGCGAGUGCAGCAGAUGUGCCUCAAUUGAUAACACACCUUUUAGCGCUAAAUUUAACAUGAGCAUAUACAACCCAAAGGAAUCAUCAACGGGCAAAAAGGUUACUUGCAACCACCGGAUGUGUACUGCCAGCUGUCCUGGAAGCGGAACAGUCAGCACGUGCUCCUAUUCGUCAUCUUACGUCUCGUCUCAAACUUCAACUUCAGGAAUCUUGAUGGAGGAUUUUCUUCACUUGGAAACAGAUGAUGGCAACCGAAAAAUUGUUAAUGCAUUUGUCACUUUUGGAUGUGGGCAGGUACAAAGUGGUUCGUUUCUACAUAUUGCAGCCCCAAAUGGUCUGUUUGGGCUUGGUAUGGAGAAAAUAUCAGUUCCUAGUUUGUUAGCAAAAGAACGCUUCAUAGCAGAUUCUUUCUCUAUGUGUUUUGGACAUGAUGGAUCUGGCAGGAUUAGUUUUGGUGAUAAAGGCAGCAUCUAUCAAGAAGAGACGCCGUUUAGUUUUGAUGCAUCACACCCAACAUAUACUAUCACAGCAACACAACUUCGUGUUGGUGCAGCUCUUAUCAACUCGAGUUUCACUGCGCUUUUCGAUUCUGGUACCUCCUUCACCUAUCUUGUUGAGCCACACUACACAAGGCUGACAAAGAUGUUUCAUGCACAAACAAAGGAUUCACGACGGCUAACCGAUAAAAGGAUCCCUUUUGAAUAUUGUUAUGCUAUGAGUCCUGAUGCAAAUACCAGUCUGAUCCCGGAUAUUUGCUUGACCAUGAAAGGCGACGGUCAAUUUAUCAUCUAUGAUCCUGUAAUUGUUCUCCCCACGCACCCAGAGGUUAUUUAUUGUCUGGCAGUUAUCAAGAACGAAGAAAUGAGCAUAAUUGGACAAAACUUCAUGACCGGCUACCGUAUUGUAUUUGAUAGAGAGAAACUUGUUCUUGGCUGGAAGAAAUCUAGUUGUUAUGACGUUGAUAACACAACUGUUUCCCCAUCAAAGCCAUUGAACACCGACACGGUUCCUCCUGCCGUUGCUGCUGGGCUAGAAGGCGAAGGGACCGAAACCAGAACCAAAAUCGGAGCACAAAGUUCUGUUGCGUCAUCGUACAAUUUAAAUUUUUGUUAUUCGACUCAUAAUUGCAUUCACGCUCUUAUUAUUCAUUCUUUGAUUGUAGUUAUUUCUCUCGGGUUUUUUGUUUGAAUUGUUCCGUUUCAUUUUUUUUGGGUUGAUUUGGUGUGCCUGUAGCUUUGAUUUGUGAAUAGCCAUAGUCGUAGUUCAAAGAAAGCUCAGGAACGACCGAUACCCCACUUGUUCUGUACUCGGUGAAUCGAAGUGAAUUUGAG